AUGGCGGGGGUGGGAGCCAGGGGGAGGAAGACGGGACUCCCGGGGUUCUGCUGGAAAACAUGCUAUUUCCACAUCCUCUUCUGGGUCGUGUCUGUUUGUGGAGAGGAGAGGACCUUCAUUGUUGAGACGUGGCUGAAGAACUAUGGCUACCUGCUCCCUCAUGACAUCCGCACAUCAGACCUGCGAUCGGAGAAAGCCAUGCAGUCGGCAGUCGCUGCCAUGCAGCGGUUUUAUGGUAUUCCAGUGACAGGAAUCCUCGACCAAACUACCAUUGAGUGGAUGAGAAAACCUCGGUGUGGAGUUCCAGAUCACCCUCACAUCAGCCGGCGGAGGCGAAAUAAACGAUACGCUCUCACCGGUCAGAAGUGGAGAGACAAAAAGAUCACAUACAGCAUCCACAACUUCACGCCGAAAGUUGGUGAGAAGGACACGCAGAGGGCCAUCCGGCAGGCGUUCGACGUGUGGCAGACGGUGACGCCGCUCAGCUUUCAGGAGGUGGCCUAUUCGGAGAUCAAGAACGAGGGCAAAGAGGCCGACAUCAUGAUCUUCUUUGCCUCUGGUUUUCACGGCGACAGCUCUCCGUUCGAUGGAGAGGGAGGGUUUUUAGCGCAUGCUUAUUUCCCCGGGCCAGGCAUCGGCGGAGACACACACUUCGACUCUGAUGAACCCUGGACGCUGGGAAAUGCCAACCAUGACGGCAAUGACCUUUUCCUGGUGGCUGUUCAUGAACUGGGACAUGCAUUGGGUCUGGAGCAUUCAAGUGACCCCAGUGCAAUCAUGGCCCCCUUCUACCAAUACAUGGAGACACACAACUUCAAACUGCCUCUAGACGACCUUCAGGGGAUCCAGAAAAUCUACGGUAUACCGACAGCCAUGCUGGAGCCCACGCGUCCUCUUCCUACAUUCCCUGCACGCCGCCCACACUCCACCUCCGAGCGCAAACAUGAGCGUCAGUCUCGACCCGGGCGCCCGUCAGCUGGAGAUCGGCCGUCCUCUCCGGGACAUGGAAAACCCAACAUCUGCGAUGGCAACUUCAACACUGUGGCCUUCUUUCGGCGGGAGAUGUUUGUUUUUAAGGAUCGCUGGUUCUGGCGUUUGCGCAACAACAAAGUUCAAGAAGGCUAUCCUAUGUUGAUAGACCACUUCUGGAAGGGUCUACCUCAUCGCAUCGACGCUGCUUACGAGAGAUCAGACGGAAAAUUUGUGUUCUUCAAAGGGGACAAAUAUUGGAUCUUUAAGGAGGUUACAGCAGAGCCCGGUUACCCGCACAGCCUGGUGGAGUUGGGCAGCUAUUUGCCCAGUGAUGGCAUCGACACAGCCUUACGCUGGGAAUCGGUGGGAAAAACCUACUUCUUCAAGGGUGACCAGUACUGGCGAUACAAUGAGGAGAAGCGCACCACUGACCCGGGCUAUCCCAAACCCAUCAGCAUCUGGAAGGGCAUCCCUGAUGGGCCACAAGGAGCCUUCGUCAGUCGAGAAGGAUUUUAUACCUACUUUUACAAGGGAAAGUAUUACUGGAAGUUCGAUAACCAGAAGCUGACGGUGGAGCCAGGCUACCCCAAAUCAAUCCUCAAAGACUGGAUGGGCUGCGAUCAGUCGGAAGUAGAAAAGAACAAGGACCGCCACCUUCCUCACGAUGAUGUCGACAUCAUGGUUGCCAUAAAUGACGUGCCCGGCACUGUAAACGCAAUCGCUGUGGUCAUCCCAUGCAUCCUUUCACUGUGCAUUCUAGUCCUUGUAUAUACUAUCUUCCAGUUCAAGAACAAAAACGUCCAACAGCAUGUGACCUACUACAAACACCCCGUGCAGGAGUGGGUAUGACGGACCAGGGGCCUACAUGGACCCCAAACGCUUGAGAACACACGUGAGGGCUACUAUGCUGAGGUUUGACCAGUGCCUGUUUUCUGAACAACCUUGUCCCAGAACGGGAACAGGAGUCAAGGGAGUAUCCUCUUCCCUCCCAGUCCGGACAGAACUUUACAACAAAUAUUGCAAUUUUUUUAAGCAUGAGCCCAAUAGACAAAACUUUCUGGCCUUAUGCUAACCAGGUGAAUCUUGACAGUUCGAGGAAUCAUCGUCAAAACCAUUACUUUCUCUUCUCCAGGAGAGAUAGAGGAACCACCAAUUGGCGAAACGCCAGAAAAUCCUCGUCUCAUUCUCAACACGAACUUGUACAUGAAUUUCGAGUAUUAUCAAAGAAACGAGCAACAAAAAAAAUGACUUGAAAACCACGUAGGUAGAAAGGCCAUAGAAAAGAAUACCAAGGAAUCCUUGCAGUCGUUUUUUUCAGUUAUGAGGUAAAAGGUUUACCGCUAGCACUCUUUGAAGACACGUUUUUUAUAGGAGGCAUUUUCAAACAAAUUAGCUUCAUAACAUCAAUCUGAAUGUUUGGUUGAGUCUUUUCUUUCCUCACCUGCCUACCCAUUUCCACAGAGUAGGAAGAACGAUUUAUAAUAACUAGGGCAGUCUUAACACCUCCUCCCACUCACUACUGUACUCUAUUCCUUUUCUUCUCUGGCUCUGUUUAUCAGUAGGCAACAAAAGAGGAUCUUUUUGAUCUGAUAGCUUUGGCGUUAGGUCUUUAAAGGAAAGUCAUCUUGAGUCAUAAUAGGCGCAAUUUGGUUCUUCGGGAUCAGGCCUGAUUUCUUGCAAUCUCGACAUUAUAUUUGGCUUUUAUUCAUCAUGUUAUCCGCCGUUUCCUGUUUUGACCUUUCCUUUUCACCAAGUGUAAUGUGUGAAACACUGGUGCCAGGCACGAACACGGACUCUGAACACAUCUGAGUAUGAAAUAGCUUUGUUGCCAUUGCCUACUACAGGAGAUGAUCUCUCUCAACGGUUCAUCCGUCCUCUUCGAAUGAACGUAAUACGCUGUGUGUCUUACGUUGAAGUGACUUCAAUUUCAUGUGUUCGGUGUGGAUUGUCUAACACUUAGCUCAGAAAUGUCUGUCGGGUGCUUUUAUUGGUUCGACUGUGCUGUUUAACAGUGAAGUGUGUUUGUAGCAUAUUAACGCAUCUCUUUUGCUCAAAUUCUGCGGGAUUGGAUCGGACACACUGCACAUUGUAAGCAGAUGCAAUCGAUGCUUUCAGAAUUUAGAACGAAACUUUUUGGAUUAAGAUUUCAGUCGUAUUUAUUAGAAAAGGCUUGCGGCAUCUUAAUCACAAUGUUAAGAUGGUAGAUUUGGCGAGACUCCCUAUACGCUUCACUUAGGUUUAUUGUUUGAUAUUGGGGUUUCACUGAUAUUUUUGCCUUAACACAUUUAGGUUGCAUGUAAUGAAACCCAUUUGAUUUUUCUCUGUGGGAAAAAAGCCACUUUUUUUGUUUCUUCCACAGAGAAUGUUGUACAUAUCUUAUUCACCGUUCAAUGGAGCAUGGAUCUGCAACAGAAACUACCUGACAUCUACUUUUAGGUUUCUAAUGUGUCUAAACCAAUGGUUUAAGCUUGUAUUCAGGCUUUACCGUACUUCUACACUGAGCUGGCUUUAUCAGCACAGUAUUUGUGACAUUGUGUACAUCUGCCCGCUUUCCAUUCAUCUAAUUUCGUCAAUUUCAAAUGAACAUGAAUGUUUUCUGAAGGUAUAGUGGGUAUGUGAAAACUGGUUUUCUCUAAGCCCUCGUCUUCCAAAGUAACAUUUGACCAGUUUUGGUCUUCGUUAAAGCAUUUGGACAUUUUUUAAAGAGGAACAUCACACUCAUCUGAAAGACAAGAUAAUGGAAACUGAAUUUUGGAUAAUUAAAUAUUCAAGAUGGACGCAUUUGUAGCCUGUUGCUUAUUUUUUUCAUAUGCAAAGGCUCACAACCUCCCAAAUUUAUGGUACUUGCUACAUGUUUCCCCACCUUUAGUGAAUAUAAUUAGGGCAUAUUUUCCCUCAGAGUAAAAAAAAUAAGUUAUGACUUUAUAUCCCACAUUUGUGACUUUUAAACUGUGUCAUUUUGCAGUUGCACCUUUGUAUUUCACAUUUUAAGCUCACGAUUACCUUUUUUAGCUUUAAAGCAGAAACAUGCUUUUAUAGACUAGUCAAAUGUAUUUGCCGUAUGAUUACUUCAUGCCCAGAAGUCAGUCCACUGUAUGUCCUUUACACAUGAUAUUAUGGUACUUUUUGUUAGCAGAAUGCUUGGUAUAAUGAUGCUUUUGGUCACUGCUUUGCAUUGACUCUAGAAUGUUUUAUUAUACUGUGGAAAAAUGUACAAUUAGCUUGGUGUUUGGAUUUGGUUUAGCUCAAUGCAGUAGUACUGUGGAGGGGGCAUCAUGACUGUGCCCCUUUAAGACAUCGUGCCUUGUCUGAAAGUCUGCUUUGGCACACUGAACACUGCUCAUUUACAUUGAUUUCCACCUGGUUGUUAUUUCAACAGUGGACACAUGCAACUUAUCCAUUGCUAUAUUUAUUCAAUGCCUUUUCUAAAGCGAUAACCAUUUAUUUUAGUUGCCCUCCUUUUUAUAUAGCGUUCUUUUUGGAUCUGUUGCGCGAGCAGCUUGGUCGUGGGUAGAGAAGUGGCAUGAAACUAGAGCACAUUUUACAUGUUUGUGCCCACUUGGGAACGACGCAACGUUAUUGUCUUUCACAGACACACAUUUUUUAUUAGUCAGCUCCGAAUCGAGAGCACCUGCUCGCAAAAAACAACAAGCAAUGUGUCCGAGAAGAGAGCUAAUGUCUCGGGUACAGGAAGUACUGGGUUGGGGGGUAUUUUGAUGGAACACACUGUGCAUCACCAAUUGUCUUCCUCGACUCUCAAUCUGUCCGAUGAGCCGGUGUUGGUGUAAGUGAUGGCGAAACCACUCGAAUAAGCCAUGGACUGAAUUUGACAAUGUGGCACAAUAGUGUGUUCCAUAUUUAAAGAGGAUUUAUGUGUUUCUUUGCUAUUUCUGGCAUCUUCUAUAGCAGUUCAGAUGAUCAGAGUGUUUAAGUAUAUCCUUCAAUGCCAAUAUGAGGUUGUUUUGUGAUCGAAGAGAACUCACUCUAAAACAGAUUGUGCUUAAAAUGUCAAAUUAAAAUGUAUUUACAGAGUAAUGGAGAGACUUUACACAUGGUCAUGUCAUGCAUCUCGAUUAAUCGCUGGUUUUGCAUAUAGAUUUGCCUAAAAAUAUUUUAGAAAACUAUUUAACUUUCACCUAAGAGUGGGUGAAACCAUUGGAAUCUAUUUGUCUCGAGACUUGUCUCAUCUGUUGAUUUUUCUAGCCAUAAUAAUUAAUUUUAUGCUGCUUGAGGUUGCAAACUAGUAUUUUUUUUUAUAUUAUAUUAUUUUUUAUAUUAUUUUAAUGUUAUAGUAAUAAUCAAAGUGGUUUGUAGAGCAAUUAGUUUGACUGUUUGUUAUUCUGAGUCAAUUCCCACAUAAGCAAAUGAAUCGGAAGUCCUAAAACAAUGGCAGUGAACAAUCAGCAUCGCAGACCGCCAACCUGAUUUCACCAAGUAGGACAUCUUUCUGGAAUAACAUGAUGAUCUUGGAACAACAUUCCAAUCAGCCAAUCAGAAUUAAGGGAUAUGUUUACCGUUUAUGUUAAGGUUAGGCUUACGGUUAGGUUUAUAUACUUCUACAUGAUUGUCAUCCAACUAUUAUUCCCCUCUGAUUUUGUGAGUAAUUUACAGUUAUGGUUUGUUUAGGGGUAGGGAAUAGGUAUGGAUUACAUUUUCCAACAACAAUGACGUUCCGGGAUCAACACAGAUGAUAAUCCAGUAUCGCAUCGUACUUGGCAAAAUCAAGACGUGCGUUGCAGAAUAAGCUGAAAAUACAAACGCAAUAUGUUUGCGAUUUUGUGAAUAAGUUUUGCGAUUCAUUUUUUAUGAUUCUGUAAUUCCAUUUGGGACGUGUAGUGAUUUCUGCUGUGAUGAAUGCAAAAGACAGCAGCACGGUGGCUCAGUGGUUAGCACUGUCGCCUCACAGCAAGAAGGCCGCUGGUUCGAGACCCGGCUGGGUCAGUUGGCAUUUCUGUGUGGAGUUUGCAUGUUCUCCCCGUUUAUCUGGUUGCUCCGGUUUCCCCCACAGUCCAAAGACAUACGCUUUAAGUGAAUUGGGUGAACUUAAAUGGCCGCAUAAAACAUAUGUCAGAAUAGUUACCUAAUAGCGACCUCUGAUAAUUCAGAGACUAAGCCGAAGGAAAAUAAAUGCAAAAGACAUUGACGAACAUUUGUGUUAGAAUCAGGACUGGCACAUGCUUUUCAUAAUCAUUUAUUUUCAUCCUCAAGCCAAACAUAGAAUUUCAAUCAGCAAAGUGUGCUUCAACAAACAUGCUUCCACCCCAUUUUUGAUCUGAUCAAUAAAAACACAUCUUAAAGGGACAGUGCACCAAAACUUAAAUUCUGUGAUUAUUUACUGAUCAUUUGAUCAACUUAUUUCUUCUGUUGAACACAAAUGACCAUUGACUUCCUUAGUAUUUGUUUUCCCUACUGUGGAUGUCAGUUUGGAACCACUUAAAGGCUGGUUUAUACUUCUGCAUCGAGUGAUCGGCGUGACCCACGGCGCAUACCUUGCGUGUAGUUGUGCAUUUAUACUUCUGUGUACUGUUUGUGUUGCUCUGCAAUAACACUUCCGAAAUGCUAGCUGGCAGUCGGGUUAUAUUCCUCUCAAGUUUCUUCGCUGGUGCUUUGUUUUUUCUAAACGCUACAAGUAGCUAAAACUUGCUCAAUCUGGGGCAUAUACCGGCAGACGUGCUACAACUUUAAUCAUAAGGUUCAGGGUUCAUACACAUUUUUACAAAAAAAAAAAUUUCCAGGACUUUUCCAGGACUUUCCA